UGUAGCCAUUGAGAGUAACUGUCAAUGUGUGUAGCCCAUGCAGUAAAGACCUGCUGAAGACAUAGGUAGCUGUUACCGUACGUGGUUUUGACGUUUGCUUUAUUUUAUCGCCUUUGUCGUUCAUCAUCAUUGCGUGAGAUGUUGAUGCCGUGUCGAGUGAGGGGGAUUACAAAUAUUUUAGGCAACUCCCCUUCUUCACUUAACAGUUGUUCCGUCUUAUUUCCUGUACCUUGCAAAAUGAGAGCGUCAAGGGAGGGGAAACGAUUUUUCAUGUACUGUAACAGCCACAAGAUAAUCGACUGAGCAUGAAAUAAGAUUAGGAAACGCAACAACUUCUGUCCAACUUAGGAACAAUUUCCCCAAAAGAGCAGCACCACCACAGUCUCUUAUUAGGCAAGAUGCGGGACCGGCUGAGCGAACUGCAGUCGGCCUCCAGGCUCACCCAGGGGCAGUCCUCUGGCCUGGCUGUGGAGGACGGCGGUGGGCAGGAGGAGGAGGACGGGCAGGAGCUGGAGCUAGAGAUGGUGUUCGAGGGGGAGGAGGAGAUGGAGGAGGUGUUCAGGGAGGUGCAGGCCAUGCACAAGGAGAUCGCCCAGCUCCACGUGGAGGUGAAGCAGCUGGGCAAGCAGAACACACGCUUCCUCACCUCCAUGAGGCGCAUCAGCAGCAUCAAGCGCGACUCCAACUCCAUCGCCCGCGGCAUCAAGGCCCGCGGCCAGGCUCUGUACGGCCGCCUGCAGCAGAUGGAGGCGCGCAGCAAGCGUCUGGAGGAGGAGAACGGGCCGCACUCCUCGCUGGUGCGCAUGGUGCGCUCACAGUGCGCCUCCCUCACCACCGCCUUCCACGCCGUCAUGUCCAAGUACAACGAGGCCGAGAUGGAGCAGCGCGACCACUGCAAGAAACGCAUCCAGCGGCAGGCCGAGAUCGUGGGCCAGGAGGUGAGCGGCGAGCAGAUCGAGGAGAUGAUCGAGUCGGGCAAGUGGAACGCCUUCUCCGAGAACCUGGUGGUGACGGACGGCGGCGGCCGCGCGGCGCGCUCCGCCCUCAGCGAGAUUGAGAACCGGCAGAAGGAGCUGUUGGAGCUGGAGGGGCGCAUCAGGGACAUCCACGAGCUCUUCACGGACCUGGCCAUGCUGGUGGAGGAGCAGGGCGUCAAGCUGGACAGCAUCGAGGCCAACCUGGCGGGCACGCAGGACUAUGUGGCCAAGGCCACCGUGCAGAUCAAGAAGGCCGUCCGGUACAAGAAGGCACACCCCUGCCGACGCCUCUUCUGCUGCUGCUGCCCCUGCUGUAACAAGUAGCCGUGGAUGGUGGAUGGAUGGAUGGUGGACUGCCAACAGGGCUCUAAAUUAAUACCAGUCAAAUGCUAGUGAAAUUACUACCACCAACUUACUACCACUGCCACUUUGACCCAUUAGAGAGUGUGUGUUUGACGAGUAAGCGUAGCAUACUGCCCAUUUUGGCUGGUGAUGAGAAAUUUUAAUUUAGAGCCCUGGAUUUAUCCUUCUUUCUCUGACUCUCUUAGCUUUCAUAGUAGUCUGCUGCCAAUGGGCUUUUGUCUGGGGGCAGAUGACCAUUUUUACCCUAGUCUACCCUGGGUAAGCAAAAUACAUGUACAACUUAUUUAUUACAUUGUGCUUUACAAACAACUUUACAAGUUGGUCGUCAAGUUAUUUAAUUAAAAAAAAUGUCUCAGGCUGCCUUCAAACCUGGCCCUACUUCUGGGCUGAUCUAAGAUCACAGUUCCUUUAAAGCGGAACUAUGCAGAGAUAGGCUACAGCUCUGUUUGGGAAGGCCUGCUGCGCUUCUUGUGACAGCUGCUGCAAGAUAAUGUCCUUGCAUUGCAUUUGACUGAUAGGAUCUGACUUCGUCUGACUUCUUACCACUGUCAAAAGAGGACAGACGUCAACACCUCGCUCGUGGUGGCCAUGCUCCUGCUUCCCCAUCAUCUGGCCAAAAAGCUGAAAAAGCCUUGUGGGUGAAAGGUGAGAUGUCUUCAAGCCCCUAAAAUAAGCAGCAUUGCUUACAACAACCCCACUCAGCUCAUUGACUGCACUCAGGGCCAGUUCUAGUUAACUUGGUGCCCUAGGCGAGUAACCAUUUCCCUUUUUGUGCUUUUAGACAUUGUCAUCUGUAAACAUAACGCUAUGCAUCUGAUUGAACACAGCUAAUCUGCGCUGAGUCCAUGCAUAAUGAUUGUCAAUGAGUUAAGUGUAAAGAGUUUUUUGUGGUUGACAUUCUAACUAUGUGGGACAUAAUGGGCAUUUCUGUCUCCCCCAAGAUAUUUGGCGCCCUAGGUGACUCCCUGGUGUGCCUAUGCCUAGCGCCGGCCCUGACUGCACUGAGCUGGAUGCAUGUGAGUUUUCACAUGUUGACUGACUGAAACACUCAGCAGUCAGGCCAAAUGCGAAGAACACAGGAACUGCUUUGCAAAUGAUAAUUAAGUCAGUGUCAUUAAGUCUGUAUGUGAAGCAAGCGAGCCAAGCAAGCAGCAAAACAUGUUCUGUAACCUUGACUCUGUUCUGUAUAGGCUUGCAUGGCCAGACAGGACAGUCUACAAGUGGUGUGUAUGGUGUGUACAAUGUGUGUAGGCCUAUGGUUCUUGAGUUCUUUAUAAGAAUAAAAAAUACAUGAAAACAAUUAUACAACAACGGCAUGUAAACAAAAGAGUAUUUUACACCUCAAUCUGGAAGUUACUUUUGUCUUUUCAGGUCGAGUGAGGUGAGUAUGCAGAGACUUAACUAUCACAUUGUGAAAUGCUGUCGCUGUUGUGAAACGGACCUAGCCUAACCCUCCUCCACACCCCUAUUCAUUUUAUUCGCACUGACAUUUUUUGUUUUAGGCGUAGAACCAUAUAAUCAAGGUUUUAUGUUCAAAAUAGUGUUUGUAAAUGAACGUUUACCUGUAGGCCUAUUAUGUCGCCAAACCAUAGACAAUUUAAACCAAAUUAUGAAGAUACGUUUGAAACCCCCAUUGCGCAAUGUUGCGCGCUGGUGGAUUCUUAUAGUUUGCGAAAUCUAGUCAUUCGGA